AUGGUGACAAAGUUUUACCAGCACCUUCUGGCCUUGGUGUUUGCAGUCAAUGAGAUCAAUAAGAAUCCCAAGAUCUUGCCCAACGUCACCCUCGGCUUCCACGUCUAUGACAGCUACAAUAAUGCACGGAUGACCUAUCAUACCAACCUGGGCCUGCUCUUCAAAUCACUUAGAUUUGCUCCAAAUUACAAAUGCGACCCUAAGAAAAAUGUAAUGGCUGUCAUUGGAGGACUUGACUCUGAGGUCUCCUUCCAUGUGGCGAACACCUUAGGUGCCUACAAGAUCCCACAGCUCACAUAUGGCUCGUUUGCCCCUGAGGACUGUGAUACAGGACUUCCCCCUUCCUUUUACCGCUCCGUCCCAAACACAACCCAUCAGCAUCUGGGGAUUAUUGGGUUGCUUCUCCAUUUUGGAUGGACCUGGGUUGGGCUCUUCGCUACAGACAAUGACAGUGGAGAACAUUUUGUGCAGGCCCUGGAGCCGUUGCUUUCCCACAAUGGACUCUGCUUAGACUUCACAGAAAGAAUAUUGACUCGACCCAGUUGGACUAGUCUAGAGAAAGUAAAUUAUUUAAUUGCCAAAAUAUGCCAAUCCUUUACAGGCAGCAAAGCCAGUACUUUUAUCCUGCAUGGAGAAGCUAUGAGCAUUACACUGUUCAUCACUUAUCUGCUUCAUGGAGAUAUUCAGUCUAAUGAAAAUACAUCUUUUGGAAAGGUGUGGAUUCUGACCGCCCAGCUUGAUUUCAUAUUAGCAGGCACUCAAAUGGGAGGGGAUUUCCAAUGGUUCCAAGGUGCCAUUUCUUUCAUGGUUCAUUCAGAUGAGUUACUUGGGUUCCAAAAUUUCCUUCAGACGGUGAAACCUUGCUGGAAACGAGAAGAUGGUUUUAUCACAGAUUUCUGGGAGCAAGCCUUCAACUGUUUUUAUCCAGAUUGCAGCGUGCCCAUAAAAGGUGAUGGAAUCUGUACCGGGGAGGAGAAGUUGGAGAGCCUUCCAAGGACUUUUUUUGAAAUGAACAUGACCGGCCAAAGCUACAGUAUCUAUAAUGCUGUCUAUGCUGUGGUGCAUGCUUUGAAUGCUAUGAUUUCAUCCAGAUUCAACCACGUAGAAAGGCUGAGCAGCAAAAGAACGGAGCUUCAAGAUCUGCAGCCUUGGCAGCUCCACCUAUUUCUUCGAGGCAUUUCUUUUAAUACCUCAGCUGGAAAAACACUGUCCUUUAACAAACGCCGGGAAAUGAGAACUGGGUUUGAUCUAAUGAACAUGGUGACAUUUCCAAACAAGUCCUUCAAUAGGGUAAAAAUUGGAAGUAUGGAUCCCAAUGCGGUUGAUGGGCAAGAAUUCAGCAUUCGUGAGGAUAUGAUUGUAUGGCACAGAGCUUUUCACAAGGUGCCGCCCCUUUCUGUGUGCAAUGACUACUGCCCCCCUGGUUAUCACAAGAAGAAGAAGGAAGGGGAGAAAUUUUGCUGCUAUGAUUGUGCUCCAUGUCCAAAAGGGAAGAUUUCAAACCAGAAGGACAUGGAUGACUGCAUCAUAUGCCCAGAAGAUCAAUAUCCAAGCAAAGACCAAGAUCAGUGUUUUCCCAAGAUGAUAAGUUUUCUGUCUUAUGGAGAACCACUGGGGAUCAGUUUAGCCUCAGUGGCAGUUUCUUUUGCUGGGAUCACAGUUUUGGUUCAGGGAAUUUUCAUUAAGCACAAAGAUACUCCCAUAAUCAAAGCCAACAACCGGGAUAUCACCUACACUCUCCUCAUCUCCCUUCUCUUCUGCUUCCUCUGUUCCUUGCUGUUUAUUGGACCACCUAGAAAAGUGACUUGCUUGUUGCAACAAUCUGCUUUUGGGAUUGUCUUCUCAAUGGCUGUUUCUUGUGUCUUGGCCAAAACCAUCACUGUGGUUGUAGCUUUCAUGGCCACCAAACCAGGGUCCAGGAUGAGGAAGUGGAUAGGAAAACGAGUUGCCAACUGCAUCAUUCUUUCCUGUUCUCUUAUUCAGGCAAGCAUUUGUACUGCAUGGUUAGGAACCUCUCCUCCAUUUCCAGAUUUGGAUACACAGUCGUUUACUGAAGAGACUAUAGCAGGAUGCAACAUAGGCUCUGCUCUCAUGUUUUACAUUGUCCUGGGCUACAUGGGACUUCUCUCCCUCAUCAGCUUGAUCAUGGCCUUCCUAGCCAGGAAGUUGCCAGAUACUUUCAAUGAAGCCAAGUUCAUUACCUUCAGCAUGCUGAUCUUCUGUAGCGUUUGGGUGUCAUUUAUUCCAACCUAUCUGAGCACCAAAGGGAAACACAUGGUGGCUGUGGAGAUCUUUUCUAUCUUGGCCUCCAGUGUUGGGUUACUGGCUUGUAUCUUUUCACCGAAAUGCUAUAUUAUUGUCCUAAGGCCUGAACUGAACAAUAAGGAGCUGCUCACAAAAAGAAGGAACUAA